AUGGCCGCACCACUUCCCAGUCGCAGCCGAGUACUUGUACUCGGAUCGGGGAACUUUGGUUGCUGUUUGGCCGAUCAUCUUGCCGACUCUGAACACGAUGUCGUGUUAUGGAGUCGCAAUGCUGAGGCUGUCAAGUCCCUCAACGAGACUCACAAGCAUCCUCACUACCUCAAAGGCCAUACCUUCCCAGAAUCGAUCAAAGCCAUUGGACCGCAGCUCCCUGAUUCGGAAACUCUGAGCAGUGCAGAUGUCAUCCUCUUCGCUAUACCUACACCUGGUUUGCGAGCAAUUCUGAAAGAGAUCAAUAAUCGAUGGGAUCCUUCGAGCCUUCCCCUAAUCAUCUUCGUCAACAAAGGCAUUGAAGUUGGCACGAAAGCGCUGACUCUUGAGAUUAUCGCGGAUACUUGUGGAGCAGAAGUCGCUAAAGUAGCGACAUUUUUGUCUGGCCCUUCUUUUGCAACAGAAAUCAUCAAUCGUCAGCCCACCAAUGUAUCUGUUGUGUCAUUGUCUCUGCAGCAUGCACAGCGCGCUGCAGCCGUGUUCCAUCAGCCAUGGUUCAGAUGUUAUGCGGGAAAUGACCCAAUAGGCGUCCAACUCGCUGGGGCCUUGAAAAAUGUGUAUGCAUUGGCUGUUGGGGCUGCAUCCGGUCUUGGGUAUGAGAACAAUACCCGUGCCGGAUUAAUAACGCGUUCAUUAGCAGAAAUGACACGGAUAGGGGCUGCAUAUGGAGCAUCCCCGUUAACGUUCUUAACAUUGGCAGGUGUUGGCGACUUGUUCCUGACAUGCAGCUCACCGACAUCAAGAAAUUACACAGUUGGUUACCGUCUUGGGAAGGGCGAAGCAUUAAAAGACAUCCUUAACACAUUAGGUAGUGUCGCAGAAGGUGUUUCGACGGCUGAAGCGGUUUACGAGAUUGUUCAAGACUUUGGGGUGCACGCACCCAUUGCCACCGCUGUGUACGAAGUACUCUACCGUGGGGUGCCACUGGCGGAUAUGGCGCAGAAUUUGAUGUCGCAACCCCUGGCAAAUCAGGAAAUGGACUUGCCUGGCCGUGCCGGUGGACCUGUGGAAAAGUUGAUGAACAAGUUGGGGCUAUCGCUUGCGAACGCAACCGCGGCGUGA